UUUAUGUUGAAGGAAACUGUCUUUUAGAACUGGAGGAACUAAUUUUUGAAAGGACUAUACUUUGACCAGGAAUAAGCUUUUUGUUGUAAAUUAAGCCCUUCAUCUAUUAUCCCGGGAUAGACUUUGGCUUAGUGCAAUUGGAGACCAGUUGAGCAUGUAAAAAACAGCAUGUAUUAGAGACCAGUGACAAGAUAUUUUGCAUGUGUUGGCCAGUUAUAUUGGAGAAAUUGAUUUCAUGGCUGAAUUCUUCUUUUUGCAGUUAAAUGUGGAGGAAAGUUAUCCUCAAUUGGCAUCUUAAUUCAUCAGUUAUGAAUUUCAUAUUGAAACUUUGUAGCUAACGCAAAAUGAGCUGCUUGGCAGAUUCUUGAGGUUGCCUCUUGGCCCAGUGGAUACAAGUUGCCUUCAUUGGAUCAUCAUCAUUAAGAAAUUUUUAUCAAACAGCCAUUCGUUUAAAUUUAUAAUUUCUGAAAAUACAAUGGCAUCUCGUAGCAGCUUGUAUCAUGCUGCCGUGAGCAACAGGCAGAUGGUCACAAACGAGUCCACUUCAAACAAUGAGGAUUGCAAGAGCCAAGGAGAGUUUUUUGAGCACAUGUCCCCAGGCAACAUGUCGUGCUACAUGAGCAACACUGGAUCUCUCAGCAGCAGUAGCGGGGGCAGGGCUAAUCAACCCUUGGGCCAGCGCAGCUGUCUGGGAAUAGACUCCUCUUCGCCCAUUGUAAAGACCCAGAAAUUCUCAUUGGACAUUUCACCGAUGAACACGCUGUCUCCUGUGUCAUCUCUGGCCUUUGAUCUUAAUUCAACCAACUUGUCUGAGCGGAAAAAUAUAAGCAAUCUUGGGGAAAGUUUUGUGCUGCGGAGCACACCACAGUGUGGCUUGACCCCCACAAGGAGACGUUCUCUGUACAAUAAUGGCUCUUUUAUAAACAACUCAUCCAGCGAUCCGUCCAGUGAUCUGAACAGCAUCUCAACCAAGUCCUUCCCUCCCAACUUCAUCAGGAGGCAGUCCAACCUCAGCUGCAGUAUGUCUGAGAGCAUCCAGGAGUCUGCAGCAGCCGUUCUUGGCGACGAUUUUGAGCCGCUGUCGUCACCUUCACCUACAUCACGUUCCCCAUGCAAGACCUCAAUUGUUAGGGACAAGGAGAACUGUUUACAAGGCACGCCUAAGGACAAGCUCAUGACCACCGCUAGACGACGACGCAGGAGUCCUCUCAAGAGUAUCGGUAACUUGGGGGGCGUGAGCAGGUCUUUGUGCUUCAGCAGCCCCCUUAAGAAGGCGCCCACCCCCGCCAAGAAGCAGAGGCAGCGCGCCAGUGAGCCGCUGCUCGAGACUUCGCCGCUAGACGAGCCAGACCCAAAUAGCAUGGACUCCGGUUACUCCGCCAGCGCCACCAAGAGCGAUGAGGCCAGAUUGCGAGACACUGUUUCUGUGGCUCCUCGUAAGCUAAAUUUGGACACACCGACUAAAAGCAAAUCGAUUCGGUUCCAGUCGCGAAAUUCAGAAAAUCAGCCCCCUAACUUUGCUAUUAAUAAUGUGCUUUCCACUCAGAAGAAACUCAAGCCCCUCUUAUCAUCCGAAUCGAAUAUCAAAUUGUCAAAUGUGUGCACCCUACACAAUGUUUCUAGUGGUCAAACAGUGCCCAAUAACUUUACUAAUUCAAGUACUGAAAAUAAAAACGACAAGAUGUCUAUGAUGUCAUCUCUGGAAUCGAAUAAUUCUGAAGCUAAUGUUCUGAGCUUCCAACGUCAAUCGUCCAACGUCGCGCUGCUGCCUUACCUACCUUCCUUCUUCACCGAGACAAGUUCCUUGGUGCAGUUGUCCCAGGAGAGUGAUGAAGACUUGUGCAUGCACGAGCUCUAUUCUUUGGAGGAAGCCAACGAAAGUGAAGUUUCUCUUCGCCAGUCAAGCUCCCCUCAGAUGGAACUUGGUGCCCUCUUAUCGGGACAAGUUAAAGACACGAGCCUUUUAUCUUCCUGUUCCGGAACCUUCGAACUGAAUAAGUCUUGUUCCAUGUUGGACACGUUACAGACCAGCGCUACGAUCGGUGUUGGGAACGAUAGCCAAGCGAGCUCUGACGAUGAGUCUGAGAAAAUACGCGCCACGACCAAAAAGCUUUUCUGUGACGAUGACAACGUUUGUCUGGAGUCGUCGUCUGAAUCCACUCCCUUGUCUCGUCGCGACACUGAAAUUCUCACACCUCGCGACUCAGUGGAAUCCUCCCCUCCUGCCUCUACCGAAGCUGAUGUCUCGAUGGCUUGCACCCCGUCCCCGGGUGUGGUGAAAGAAACGAAAUGCGUUCAGCGCAUCCGAGACGUCUUGUGUACCGACAUGGAAGUGUCUCCCUUUAACCGCAACGCUCGACCUCUCAUCAGAAGAACGCUUUCCUUGUGUGACGUGACGCCGCCUGGGCUUGUUCUUCCUCGAUCGGCGCUGAGCCCCAACCAGGCAUUCAAACGCCCAUUGCCGCCCUCCGAAGCGUCUCCUUUCGUGGAGACCAAGCGUCCCAAAACGUACGUCGGAACUCCACGCCUGACAGAGACUUUUACUCUGCCGUGCCUGAAGCCUCUACCCAUGUCCGCCUUUAAUGCCUCCCCCUCACAAGAGACCGCAACUCGCACUGAUGGCUCCUCGUCGCCACCGUCCCUUGAGUGCCAGCAGUCGGACGCGUCUCCGGAGCUGCCCGUUAGCAGGACAGCCGCCCCGGAGAAAAGCCGCCUCAUCCCGCGCUCUGAGUCGUCCUAUAGUUUGGUGACUCGUCAGUCUUCUGUUCCUGUUACCUCAUCCGACAGCAUCGAUGCAAGUAUUGUUCGCGAGACUCCACUCUGCAAGACGCUCAGCGAGAGCCAUUUAUCUAUUAUGAAAGCCCUCAACAAGUGCCAUAAUCGCGAAGAAGAACUCACCGGAGAUUUUUGUCGCAGCCUGUCAUUACCCGUCAUUUCUUGUGGUCGGAAUCCCGAUAUAAAGUCAAUUACCCCCGAAACUGUCGCUCAACUCAUUCAUGGUGAAUACAGUCACUUGAUUGAAUCGUAUCAAAUUUUAGACUGUCGUUACCCAUACGAGUUUGAAGGCGGCCAUAUUAAAGGUGCUGAAAGUUGGCACAACCCGCAGUUUGUGGUGGACUACAUUGACAAGGCAGAACGAGUCAUGCCGCCCACCCCCACAGAUCCUAACAAGCGCCACAUCCUUAUCUUCCACUGCGAGUUCAGUGCAGAGCGCGGACCUAAGGCCCAGCGAUUGCUACGUGAGCGCGACCGCACUGUUAAUAAAGACCGCUACCCAGCUCUGCAUUUUCCCGAAACGUAUCUCUUGGAAGGCGGCUACAAGGCCUUCUUCGAGCUUUACCCCAGCCUUUGCGUGCCGCAAAAAUAUACAAAGAUGCUCGAUACCAACCAUGCCGAGGACCUCAAGCUUUGCAGAGCUCGAAGCAAGAGCUGGGCUGUGGAAAAUAAACACGGCAAGGGCAGAUCCGGUCUUUGGUCCAAGCGCUUCAACCGAGAUACAUAAUUUUCUGAUGGAAUCAGUGAUCCUGUGAUGAAUUUUGUGCUCAAUUUUAUACUAUGCUACCGAGUGAAAAAUGAAAGAAUUUCCCGCAUUGUAUGCCAAUUUUCCCCACGAUAAGUGAGAAAGAAGUGCUAUUUUACUGGAUAUAUUUUAUAUGAGGAAUUAUGUGACGUGUAGAUGCAUCUAGUUUUUAACUUGCAAAAGAAAUUUCGGAGCGCUUUAAGGCUAUUGAGGUAAAUUCACGCCAAAAUUCAUGGAAUUGGUUUGCAUGUUGUCGGAGUGACUGACUGUAAUCUACUAUAGU